AUCUCAGCGAAAAGAAGAAAACAGAGCCAUAGAAGGCAGCGAGGCAGGAAGCGUAUCAGCGCAAAGUGUCCUAGUUGUGAAUUUUUUGCUCCCCCCACCACUUCUUCUCCUCCUCCUUCUCCCAGCCUUUCGGUGGGCAUUUCUGCGCAGAAUUUUCUUGAAAGGAUCUGCCCUUUUUCUUCACGCACACCCGAACUUAACUCGAAAAAGUACGAAGUUGCGACACCGCGCUCCGCUUGUUGCCAAUCGCAGGUCGACAGGUUCGUUGGGUUUCCUCUGCGCCACACGCACUUCUUUUUAUAAACGGUGUGCCAGCACUACGCCCUCCUUAACCGAGAGCUCUUGGCUGUUAUUAAAACAGCGAGAAAUAAACCCGUGAGACCGCGUCUGUGAGUUGAAGUGCAAAGGAGAAGACAUGAGUCGCGCGGCGAGUUUCUACUCCGCGCUUUUCGUGCUGCUGGUGUGGCGCGUGGAGGAGAGAGCCGAGGCUUGCAGUUGCUCCCCGAUUCACCCGCAGCAGGCUUUUUGCAAUGCAGAUGUAGUGAUAAGAGCUAAAGUUGUAGCUGGAAAAGAGACAGAUUCUGGUAAUGACAUCUACGGCAAUCCCAUUAAGAGAAUCCAGUAUGAGAUCAAGCAAAUUAAGAUGUUCAAGGGCCCUAACAAGGAUAUUGAGGCUCUAUUCACAGCACCUUCUUCUGCAGUAUGCGGUGUGACACUGGAGACCAAUGGUAAAAAGGAAUACCUCAUUGCAGGAAAGUUAGAAAGUGAUGGCAAAAUGCAUGUGACUUUAUGUGACUUCAUUGUCCCUUGGGAUUCUCUGACUGCUACCCAGAAAAAGAGCUUAAAUCAGCGCUACCAGAUGGGUUGUGAGUGCAAGAUUUCUCGCUGUCCAUCCAUCCCUUGUGUGAUCACAGCCCCAGAUGAAUGCCUGUGGACAGAUUGGGUGACGGAGAAGAAUAUCAAUGGUCGUCAGGCCAAACACUAUGCUUGUAUAAAGAGAAGUGAUGGAUCAUGUGCAUGGUACCGUGGGGUUGCCCCACCAAAGAAGGAGUUCCUAGACAUUGAGGAUCCUUAAACUAGCAUACUCUGCCAGCCACCGUAUAGAAAUGCCUGCAACUCCAAAAUGAUUCAAUGAAAAAAAGUGUAUACAGAAAAAUAUAAUAGACUGGUCUAGUGAUGAUGUCAUUUCCCUGCUGCGGUAAAGCGUGGCAAAAUAUGAGGGCCAAUCCUGUAAAGAGAGCACUUUUCUGCCCCUUAAGCUCUUAACAUUUAUUUAUAUGUAAAUGUUAUAAAAUGAAUACAGUUCAUUUAUACGUUUAUUUUAUUCCUGUUGACGGAUUACUAAAUAGGCUCUAUGUUCCAGUCAUCAUACUAUGGCAUAAUUACUUCACAUUCGAUCUUUUUAUAACUUAUUACAUUAGCAAAAUAUUGUUGUAGGGAAAUUCUAUCCCAAAUUUGUUUGUCAUGGGACAUCAAUUAUUGAGCUAAAGGAAUUUUGUGCCAAAGCUUUAGUAGGACUUGUCUUAUGGUAGAUUAUAUUACUUUGUCAGCUAAGUCAGUUAUAAAAAAAUGAAAGUAAUGAAGUUAUUGGAAAUAUAUAUAUAGAUACAGUAGUGCCAUAAAAUACUAUAUCUUUGUGCAAGCUUUAUUAAAGCCAUUGAGGAAAUACAAAGCUUUUUUUCUUAGAAAUUAAAUAAUGCAAAUGAAAAUAAGCAAUGUUGCCAAAUAUUGUCACAGUGACCAGCUUACUUUGACUCAUUCUCCUCACAGGAGGUUUCCUAACGUUCAGAGCAUGACUGCCAUUUUGUUUGUUUAUUAGAAUGUUCGAGUGCCUCAUUUACAUGCCAGUUAUUUGUUGUAGAUCACAAGCUGUGCAUACUGUCCCAAUAAGAACACAAAGAUGUCUUCCGUUAUACUACUAAUUCAGUUUGUAUAUUAUAUAUUUUUCAUUAUUUGGGAUAAGGGGAAAAAAACCGAAAAGAUCUAGGAAAAUUGUACAAGUGGCCAAAAAUUAACAUGGAGUAUAUUAAGCUGAUAAUCAGAAAAUAUGCAUGACAUUCUAAUGUUUUCACAAAUAAAAAUGUAAUUCACAAAGGGUACAGAAUAUGUUAAGGAACCACAAUGAGUUACAGCAUGUGGAAAUAAAAGCAAUUGCAACUAAAUCUCCUCAUUUCACCUUCUAUACAAAAUGCAAUACUUAAUUUCUUUUUUUUUUAACCUGUUGGUAGAUACAUAUUGUUUAUGGUGAUUUGUGUUCCACUAGAUAAUGUUCCUCAGAUUAAUAACUUCUUAAAACACUCAUUUUUUUUUUGGUUUUCCAUCCUUUAGUAGAAAACAGGUAGUUGCAACCAGAAAAUUCUACAUAUUUUUCAGACAUUUCAUUUUACAGAAGAUUUGGAGGCUGUGAACUAGAUGUGUUCAUCUGCAUGGUAAUAAAACAAAUCAAUAGCACGUCAUGGUUUUGAUAUGGACAUAGAGAACAGAAAAUUUGGAUGCGCAGGUUUAGUUAUUCCUCAUGAAGGAAAGGUGCACAUUUACUCAAUGGAAUCUAAUUUUUGAUGUUUAUGAAUGUCACAGAACCUUACGUUGUGCCAGCUCAUCUCAAUUAGCAAUACGUUACUUGUUUUUUUUUAGCUUUUUAUAGAAUUUUUUAUCCACAAAUCCAGUCCUGUCUAAAGAGUUAGACUGCCACUUUUCAGUGCCAGAUUAAACUUUUUUUUCUACAUUCUUAAUCUAGUGGGUUCCUGAUGUCUCACCUGACCAGUCUAUGAGAUGAUGAUAUAACAGUCAAGCUUGCCUUUGAUGUCUGUUUUAUAUUUCUGUUCCAGUGCUGCAUAUCCACAGCAUUCUUCCUGUCUGUUCACUGUAGCCCCAAGCUUACACUUGUCAUUUAGGCUUAUUGCUCAGUUGAAUUAUUGCUGUUUAAUAUAUUUUAAAUGUUUUCAAGACUUCUGUUUUAAAUUUAGAUUUGCACUUCUCGCAGAAACCCUGCAACAAAAGCAUUUGGUCUAAAGACGAAUGUGUUCAGAAGAGGAUUGAAUCCUUGCCAUGUAUAUUGUUGCGUCUUCUCUCGCUUUAAAUUCUUCAAAUGUUUUAAAUUUGCUUCUCCAGAUUUCAAAUUCUUGCAACUUUCCACUGUUGUUGUUUUUUGUUUUUUAUAUCCAGUUUAAUGCAGCAAGCAGUGCAUUGUGAAUUACAGGUUAGAUAAAAGAUGACAUGCUUGGUAAUUGUUACAAGUAAGUGAUGGUGAUACAGUAUUAUUUUUUUUAGAUUUUGAAGUAUCAUUUCCUACACAUUUUCUUUUUUACAACCAAGGAAGUGGAUCCUUUUUCAUUUUUCUCCUAACUCAGUAACCAGCAUGGUUUCACUGGCAUUACCAAGCAGGCAGGUGCAGAUUACGGCUGCUGGUAUCCUUAUCUUGCUUUGUUCUGUGUGGGUUAUGCUAGCAUGCUAGGACAAGGCUGUUUUUAGAAGGAGAAGAAGAGGACAUUGCAUUUAUAUAGCGCUUUUCAAAACACUCCGUGCUUUACAGAGAGGGGAAAGCCACUUCAACCACCACCAAUGUACAGCAUCCACCUGGGUGAUGUGAGGGAAGCCAUGUUGCGCCAGUAUGCUAACCACGCAUUAGUUAUUAGGGAGUGAAGUGGUGAGAGGGAGUGUUAGCAAAUUGGAGCCCUCAUGACCUUUAGUCAUGAUGUAGGUAUACAAAUAGCUAAACAGUAACAUUUUCCUGCAUAAUUUUGAAAUCUGUGUUUUAUCAAUCAUAAGUGCCUUCUGAUUUCCUCCUUAUAAUGCAACACAGCUAGAGUUUCUGUGUUUCAGGAAAUGAAAUGAGAUGAGAUAGAAGACUUGUGCUUCCCAUAAUCUGGUGACUCUGGUUGUCAUGCAGUAGGUUAUUCACAAUUUCAAUUAAGGAAACUGCCCAAGCACUUACUGUACACGUGUUGGCCAUUUAGAGUACUGCUAUGUAUGCUGAAUGCAACACAGAGUUCAGGUUAAGAACAGUAAUUUAGGUAAUGCCACACCAUAUAAAGUAUAAUGGGAUGGAAAUUGGGCAAACACAUUCACCUUUUAAUUUACUUGUUUAACAUACAUUUUACGUAUUUUCUGUCUAUAUUGACCCCAUCACUGUAAGUUUCUAUUUGAAAAUGAUACAUGUAAUUAUUUUAGCCUUGGAGCAGGGCCCUUGGUGUUGUCACAUAAUGGUAAAAAGGUAUUUCAUAACUGCAGUUACGUUUUCCUUAAGUGUCAGUGGGCAGGAUAGCCUCGGAUUGAUUACUGUGGAGAUUGAGAUUCACAUGCACUGUUGCUUCCUGACUUGCUUUAACAUAAAGUUGUAGCCUCUAAACGUUCACACAACUAGUCCUUGAUGGUGUUCCAGUGUUUAUCAUAUAUUCAGGCCCUGCAUAAAGCGGCCAACUUCUUUUGUUCCUUCCUGUAAUAAAGAAGUUUACAUUCUUUUUUGUACUCUGCUUUUCUAGUAUUAAAUGUCCUUUGUAAUGCUAUCAUAAUUUAAAGUCUGGAUGAUCUGUGUGGUUUUGUGUUUUUUUUUUUUUUUUUUAUUUUACAUAUUUUGUAUUGUUAAUUGUUUUUUGUCUUUUUCAAAUGUUUGCUGAAAGUUAAGUCUGAGACUUCUUGUGCUGGAAACACAUGAAAGUUUGUUGUAUAAUGAAAACCAGACUGUGCAUGUCUUUGAUGCUUUGUAUAUUCAUGUGGACAUUCAGUCAAUGGAUAUAAUAUACAGUAUUAUCAAAUAAAAGUUUAGACUCAG